AUGCAUUUCAUAAAGGGGAUCGUAGACGGGAUUUUGGCUACAGAUUCAGAUGCUACGCAUAAGUCGAAACACCAAUAUGAUCCUGACGAACCCGAAUAUGAAUCCGAGUGCUACGAACGGACUGAUGGUUCAAAAUAUCGCAUCCAUUCAAACGAAAACAUACACAUCACGAGCUCAAUUUCACACCUGAGUGAGUUGUACAAGUCGGAAAGAGACCACUGCCUGAACUCACUGAUAAUACGCUACGGAGAAGGCUGCGUGCAACAGCUUUCAGAAUUGCUCAAAUCGAACCACGAAACAAUAGUAGCACUGUCACAACAGCUACAAAACAACCUUUCGUCGCUGAAGGAAGUGAACGACAAGGUGGAAUCCGCAGCGAUUGAGCACAUUAAGCUGAAGAACGAGAAUAACAACCUGACCCAACGGCUACAGCAGUUAUCGUCGGAGAACGUGGGCCUAAAGUCACAGCUGACGCAGGCGGAUAUAGCAAUCAAGUCAAACGAGAGUCGGAUAGCGAGUCUGAACGAGCUGCUCAAGGACAACAAGAACACCUUCGAAAACAUGAAGGACAGGUGCGGGGAGUUCUACAGGCUCAAGUGCGAGAUCGAGGAGCUGAAGAAGAAGCUGUCGCUCUCAGAAAGCCACGUGGCGAUGCUAAGGAAGGAGCGGGACGAGUACUGGGCAGACCCGAGUCGAGCACCGAAAGACGAAGAGUACAAGAAGAGGAUACUGCAGGCGCUAGACAGAGAGGACAGAGCAGUAGCAGUUGCAAAGAUAAUGGCGUCCCAAGCGACGAAUUUAACAAUGACACCAAAGGUGAAGGUAGUUGAUUUAAAGACCAACGAGGUCGACGAACACAUGGUGAGUGAGUUGCAAGUUAGAGUUGACAAGCUGGAGUACGAAAACACACACCUGAAGGAAAUCAACGAGAGUCUACACACGAUGUACGCAGACCUCAGUAAAAAUAUGAGCGAGGUGAAGAACGCGUACCUGAAGGAGUCAAUAGAGUCGUUCACGUCGUACUUCCCGCCAAAGUUGAAGCCGAUACAGCUGGUGUUCGUACAGCCGACAGGAGUGCUGGACUUGGAGUUCAACCCGGAGUCGUUGCCGUCGUAUUUGGAGGCGACGCACGCUCUGCGCUCAGGCUCACAGUCGUCAGCAUCAUCGUACCAGCAAACGCGACAGCCCUUGCAGAGCAGUUCAGACCUCAGGGAAGCCUCGCAACCAGGACACGACCAGUCCCAGGACCACUCGGAGGCAGAGCCAGUUAAAAAGGUUUCCUCAAAGAUGAACCUCAGAUCCAAGGUGAUCAACUACGUGACGAACUUGGACGCCUCUCGGCGCCAGCUUCAAAAGCAUGAAGAGGCUAAUCUGCUUAACCUGGACUCGCCAGAGGUAACUAAGCCAACCAGGCACCACGACCAGACGUUGGAUCAGGGCAGCUUCGAUGUGCACGAGCAGCAGGCCAAGACAUCGGCUCAUUCAGACAACUUGAAGAGCUGGAACUCAGACUGGGACUUCUUUGAGGAGGAUAACACAUCAGUUGAAAAUGAUGGAACAGCAGACCCUGGCAAGUCAUUUACACCUGACGACACUCUGCGAAGUGAGCGCAUGUUAGAUGGAGGAGCAAAAGACGUGGGCAUCAGCAGGGCAAACUACAGUGAAUCGCUCUCCGAUGACCCCUUCGAUGCGAUCAUAAAGGAGCAGGAGUCGGAACGUGCAGAGCAACAGCCGCAGCCCGGGAGCGUGAAGAGCAAAAAGGGCUGGGACGACGUGGACUUCGACGACGAAAUGUUUCAGUAG